GGUUCCAGGCCUGAGGAAGAGGACCGUGCGCCUGCCUGCCCACCUCACUCCCUGGCCCUGCUGGUGUCUCAGGGUCUGAGACACGGGCCUUUCCUGCCCAGCUGAGGUUCCGAGGACUCUCCUUUCUCUAGCCCCGCCCUGCGGCGUGAACCCAGGGCGUUGCGACACCCGAAGGGAGUGAGGAGUGGGCGGUCAAGGCACCAGGGCAAGAGCCCUCUGGGGCCUCGGGCAGCAGAGUGAAACUGGAACCAUCAGGGAACAUGAGUGAAUUUUGGCACAAACUGGGCUGCUGUGUGGUAGAGAAACCCCAGCCGAAGAAGAAGAGGAGACGGAUCGAUCGGACCAUGAUUGGGGAACCAAUGAAUUUUGUCCACCUGACUCACAUUGGCUCCGGGGAGAUGGGGGCCGGAGAUGGACUUGCCAUGACAGGUGCUGUUCAGGAGCAGAUGAGAUCCAAGGGAAACCGAGACAGGCCAUGGAGCAAUUCUAGGGGCUUGUAGCUCCAACAGGAAUGUUUUUGCUGUCUGAAGUCUCCACUCUGUGCCCAGCCCAGAAGAGAUGCUGCCUCCACCAGAUCCUCCGAGAACCAGUGUCCUCAAGGCCCCUUUUUUUCCUUAUCUGCCUGAUAGUGCCUCAAAAGGCUUGGGGGCUGGACUCCCCCCUCCCUCCUCUGGCUGUAGCCCCUCCUGGAGAUGGGGUCAAGGCAGCAGGACUGACCAAGUAACUACUGGUUGGCCAGAGGAGCUCAGCUGAAGCCCUGGACACUCUCAGAUCUGAAAUGGGAGUUUCUGGAAACCUGGAAUGAGUUCCCUCCUCCUGAAUGACAGUCUGGGUGCCACCUGUUUUUAAUCUAUUAGCCUGGGACUCCUUAAAUGGCAGGUGGGUGAGGUUACCAAGCUGGAGCUGGCUUUGCUGAGAGCUCCCUACCUCUCUGCCCUUCUCCUUCCUUCUGGAAUGAACUGAAGCAGACCUCAAGCAGGGGCUGGGAGGGUGACCACUGCCUAGUCGACUCUCUUUAAAUCUCAGACCUUAAGCUCACAGCCCUUCAAUAUCUCUCUGCCAAUACCAGCGUCUUUCUCUAGUUAGGCCUCUAACCCUGUUUCUGUAGCAUUGCUAGCUCCCCAGUAUCUUUCCUUUUUAAAAACUAAUUAAAAAGUAAAUUUAAGAUGCAUUCUCGUAAUUACCCCCACUCUGCUACUACCUCCGUCCUUGCCCUCAUUCCUGUUAGAAACCUUAUUGUUUCCCAUUGAAUAAGACUUAAAGAGAUGGGUCUUAACCUGAUGACAUUCCAGUUAGAUCUUGGGGACCUGGCCUGCCCUCUGCCAACCUCCCUGCUGGCCCAGGUGAGAGGAGGAAGAGGGAGCUGGAGAGAAAUCCAGAUGGCAGCGAAACUAGGAGUUACGUCUCAGGUGGACUUCCUUCCUGACCCUGGAGGAUGAUGGAAGGUGGGGAGAUGAAUUGGUUGAAAACAAUCACCUGGGAGUUUAGGAAUCUUAAGAUCCUCACAACCUGGGCGCAGGGAGACAGCAAGGUUUCUCAGUCUGGACACUUUUGACAUUUUGGGCUGGAUCAUUCUUAGAACUGGGGACUGUCCUGUGCAUUAUAGGAUGUUUAGCAGUGUCCCUGGCCCACCCUAGUUAUCACACCCGAAAAUGUCUCCAGACAUUGCCAAGUGCCUCCCAGGGGGGCAAAAGCACCCCAAGCUGAGAGCCAGCGCUCUAGAAUCAACACAUUUUUCUCUUGAUUUUUAUCCCCUACCGCACCCCCAUUCCAUUAUUCAUCCUAAGCCUGAGCCUUGAUGAACUAGACCCCCUGUAAACUAGGCUUAAUCGUCUCCAACCAUUUUUUACUCAUUGUGUUGCUUGUGCUUGCAUGGGUUGCUUGUGAUGGACAUGCUUCUCCCUUCUUGCUCGGUGGAGGAGGGGUUCCUGCAGGGGUGGGAUUGGGGAAGGGAGGGAGAGAAAAGCAGUAGAGCCAUAGACACCCCAGCGCUGUGCUCCCCAAACUUGAAGCUCUAUUUCUGUGCCCUAGUCCUGGAACCAGACACAAAUAAGACUCAGGGAGUUUUGUCUGAAGAACUCUCCACCUGGCCGAAGAGACUGCUUUAGGUGGGGAAGUAAUGGAGGAGCAGGGUCUUCAGGCACUUUCCGUUUUCUCAGGUGUGUUUUGUCCUGCCCCCUUCCUCGCAGGGAGAUGAGGAGGCAGCACAGGACAGAUGAGCUCCUGCCUGCUCUGUGUCCAGAACGCAGGGGUCUCUCAGUAGCUCAGUAGCGGGAAGCAUGGUGGUAGUGGGGGGUCAGGAAUGGGGGAAUGAGGAUCCACUCUGCUGAUUCCACCAUCUAUGAAGUUUGCCCCCAGCUACAGUGACUGAGGUUCUAAUUUUUUCAAGUUUCAGUGUAUUUUCUAAAGUUUUCCAAGGUCUAAGAUUGCUCAUAGAGAUAACAUUCCAAAUCUAUUCUGUGCCAGUCAAGCUAGUUGCUCUGAAAGUAGGUUCAUCUUGUUGCCCCAAAAGUAGCUCAAUAGCAUGAGGGUUUUACUAGAUCUAAAGGGUUGACAGGAUCGGGUAGGAAGAUGGAGGCUCCUGGAAUCUGGUCACCCUGAUCUUUUAGCCUCAUUCUUAGGCCAGUUCUUUGGACACGAUCUUUUCUUUGGUUCUCUCUCUUUUUUAAUUACCUUCUCUUAUGUGUGUGCUACCAUCACUUUAACAAUGUUUAGAGUGAUGGGAAUGGGUUUGAGAGUCAUAAUUUAUAUUGAAAAUUUGUUGGACUUCUAAAUAAACUUUUCAAAUAAAAAGUUGAAGCAAAA